GUUUUCAGAUUUGCAAUUCCUUUUAGUUUCUCUCGACCUCGCCACCAUUGAACCACCUCUUUCUCUCCAUAGUUAACUAUGCAAGCCAACCUCGCAAUUCCUCCCUAGUUUUCGCGAAAACCAGCGAUUCUGAGCGAAACGAAGCUAUUUUGGUUACACUUUGGUUUCGUCAGUCUCUGUCUGUGUGGUGCUGCUUUUAGCUUGAAUGAUGUUUCAGUUUCAUCCUCAAGGAGUUCCCAAACAGACUUGUACUCUGCUUGCUGUUACCUGUGUUGAGCACAAGCCCCCACAGAAUCAGCGCAAAUACCCUUUCCCUGAGUUGGUUUCUGCGGGGCGUCUCGAGGUUCAAACUCUAUGCAAUCCGGAAAAGGAACAGUUUCAGAAAGUUCUAGAGUCGUAUCAACCGAAUUUUGUUUACUUACAGGGAGAGCAGCUAGAGAAUGGGGAAGUUGGUUCACUGGUUUGGCAAGGUGUGGAAUUAUCCACCACUGAAGCAAUAGCAGAGCUCUUCGGUCCCACAUUGCCGACGGCUGUUUAUUUAGAAAUCCCAGAUGGAGAAAGUUUUGCAGAGGCUCUUCAUCUUAAGGGAAUCCCAUAUGUUAUAUUUUGGAAGAAUAAUUUUUCUUGUUAUGCUGCCUGCCAUUUUCGUCAAGCAUUUCUCUCAGUGGUGCAGAGUUCAUCUACACAUACAUGGGAUGCUUUCCACCUUGCUCGUGCCUCUUUUGAACUUUACUGUGUUCAGAACAGUCAAGUACUUCCUGUGGACAGCCAUGAUGCUACUAGUGAGAUGGGGCCACACCUUCUUGGCGACUGUCUCAAAAUCAAUGUUGACCCUCCCGAGAUGGGUGAAGAAGAUGAUGAAGAAAGUUCCUCAGACAGUCUUCCUGCUAUAAAGAUACAUGAUGAUGAAGUGAACUUGAGAUUUCUCAUCUGCGGUGCACCUUCCACUGUUGAUGAGUCGUUGCUGAGAUCUUUGGAGGAUGGACUCAGAGCUCUCUUAACUAUUGAAAUACGUGGUUGCAAGCUCCAUGGCAAGUUUAGUGCCCCACCACCACCUCUUCAGGCAGCUGCUUUUUAUCGUGGAGUUGUGACCAUGCGAUGUGAUAUAUCAACUUGUAGUUCUGCACAUAUCUCACUUCUAGUAUCUGGCAGUGCUCAAACUUGUUUUAAUGAUCAGCACUUGGAGAAUCAUAUAAAAAAUGAGAUAAUUGAGAAGAGUCAACUAAUUCAUGUACAACUCAACAACGAGGGAGACAAACAGAAUGUCUCUGAACCUCGCAGAUCUGCUUCGAUUGCUUGUGGAGCAACCGUAUUUGAAGUUUGCAUGAAGCUUCCUCUAUGGGCUUUGCAGAUUUUGAGGCAGCUAGCACCUGAUGUUUCUUAUCGAAGUUUAGUUGCACUUGGUAUUGCAAGUAUUCAGGGUUUGCCUAUAGCUUCUUUUGAGAAAGAUGAUGCUGAGCGCUUAAUUUUCUUCUAUCAAACUCAUGAGAAAGAUAGCUGUGCAGACAAAAACAAUAUAAUUUUCAGCAGUCCCCCUGGUUGGUUCAAACCACCCCCUCCAACAAGAAAUAGGUGUGAACCAAGCCAUGGAAUUAGCCCUGGCUUUCAUGAUGGUGUCUUUGCAGGGAAGGGUACUGUUCGAAAAGUAGAUGAAGAGGAAAAUGAUAAAAAAAUGGUGAAUGGAAUUAGCACAUCCUUAACUCCAGCUAGGAAGAGAUUAAAAGUAUCUGCAAUGAGGCCAAUUCCUCAUGUUCGUCGCCAUAGAAUGACACCUUUUUGUGGACCUUCUGAGACAAAUGGUUUUGAUGGUGCCCAAGUUGAGGCUAAUUUGCCACUUCUUGCCCCUACAAAGCGUAGUAGUAUUGGAUCAACAUCAGCAACGCAAAGAAAAUCAUUUUCAAGCUCAGCUCAGUCUAAGCAGGUUAUUUCGUUGAAUCCAUUGCCUUUGAAGAAACAUGGUUGUGGCAGAGGCCCAGUGCAAACUUGCUCUGAGGAGGAAUUUCUUAAAGAUGUCAUGGAGUUUCUGAUUCUCCGGGGCCAUAAUCGACUGAUUCCUCAAGGAGGUCUUUCCGAGUUCCCUGAUGCCAUACUCAAUGGAAAACGCCUUGAUCUCUACAACUUGUAUAAAGAGGUGGUUACCAGGGGAGGAUUUCAUGUUGGCAACGGUAUCAACUGGAAGGGACAAAUUUUUUCAAAGAUGCGCAAUUACACAACAACCAAUAGAAUGACUGGAGUUGGAAAUACACUCAAAAGACAUUAUGAAACCUACCUUUUAGAAUAUGAAUUAGCACAUGAUGAUGUGGAUGGAGAGUGCUGCUUGUUGUGUCACAGUAGUGCAGCUGGGGAUUGGGUUAAUUGUGGCAUAUGUGGUGAGUGGGCCCACUUCGGCUGUGACAGAAGGCAAGGUCUCGGCGCAUUUAAGGAUUAUGCCAAAACUGAUGGGUUAGAAUAUAUAUGUCCUCAUUGUAGUCUUACAAAUUUCAAGAAGAAACAAUGUGUUGCUAAUGGGUAUUCGCAAGGUUCAAUGUCAUCACGACUACUUUGAUACAGACUCCUCCAUCUCCUGAAUAGCAGACGGCCAGUUUCUUCUUUUGGUGGAUUUAUCUGUAAUCACUAUGUUUUAGAUAGAUUAGCGAAAUAUAGGAAUAAAAGAAGCGAAAUUAUACUCUCAUCUUGCAUGAGAUUCAGCUCUCAUGUUAUAUUCACAUAAAAAAAUGUCUUUUUUUUUUUUUUUUUAAAUUGGUGGGUUUCACUUUGUUUGUCUCACAAUAUAAGAUAACUUAUCUUAUAUGUGAGAAGUAA